UAAAACAAUACGAGUGACACGUCUUGUGUUAUUCUAUAGUCUUUGCUGUAAACUGUCAGAGUGGUUUAAGGGCGCCACAUAUAUCUCCUUGUCAUCGUUUCAUUCUGCAGACCCACAGCAUGCAAUCUAUUGUUAGAAAGGCAGAUGCUGCAUGAAUUAAAGCAGAAUACACAACCAACCCACAACUUUUCCACUGAUAUCCGUUUCUCAUAUGAUAUGUGUAAUCGUUCAUAUUCAUUAGAUCUUCCUCAGGCCAAGUUAACAGCAUCUGCUUCAGUUAUUAUGGAAACAGACACAGUUCAGCUGAGCUGUGAGAAUACUGAAGAUCUGAAGAUGGAGAUGUGUUACUUUAACAUCUAUGGAAGUGACAGUAACUCAAAACUGAGCUCAUCAUGUCAGCUCUCACUCACUGGAUCUGAAAUCAGUAUUUGGUCAGAAGGUCAGAGUUUAUCUGUGAGAAUAACCUGCUUCUACACUGUGAAGAACUCACAAGUUCUCAUAACAUCUCCUCACUCUGAUCCAGUGACAGUGACAAUCCAGAAUUUCUCUGUUGUAAAAGUAUCUCCAGAUGUCCUAAGUGAGUCCAGCUCAGUGAAGAUGAUCUGUGAGACACCAGCAGAUGUUACAGUGAACCAGAGUUUUUUCUACAUAAACAGUGACGAGAAGAAUAUGAAACUCAGUCCAUCUUGUGAGCUCAAUCUCACUGGUGCUGAAGUGCUCAUAUGGGCAGCUGUUAAAUCACCUGCAUCAGUGGACAUUAACUGCUUCUACACAAUACAUGAGGACGGGAUUGAUAAACCAUCAUCUCGUUCUCCUGCUGCCACUGUGACGGUUCUAGGUGCACUUCAGAAACCCAACAUCGUGUAUCAUAGUGAUGAUCAGUCUCUCGUAUCAUGUGAAAUACUACUUUCAGUCAGAGCUGGUUUCAUCUGUAGUCUCUACACUGAGGAAGGUCUUCUGCACCAAACAGACUCUCAGAAGAGUCAGUCUGGAGACCAUUAUUGUCUGUUUUAUUUAAGUCAUAGUGAACUCUUCACACGAUCAGUGAACAGUCAGCUGAGCUGUGAUUAUUCACUCAACACUGAACCUGAGAUCAGAUCACAGCGCAGUGACACAAUCACCAUCAGAGAUCUUCCUCAGGCCAAAUUGACAGCAUCUGCUUCACUUAUUAAGGAAACAGACACAGUUCAGCUGAGCUGUGAGAAUACUGAAGAUCUGAAGAUGGAGAUGUGUGUCUUUAACAUAAAUGGAAGAGAAAGUAACUCAAAACUGAGCUCAUCAUGUAAACUCUCACUCACUGGAUCUCAGAUCAGUAUUUGGUCAGAAGGUCAGAGUUCAUCUGUGAGAAUAACCUGCUUCUACACUCUGAAGAAGUCACGAGUUCUCAUAACAUCUCCUCACUCUGAUCCAGUGACAGUCCAGAUUUCAACAGCGACCUCUACUGGAGAAGCCCUGAUAACGGCCAAAGAAACUUUUUCAACAGCGACCUCUACCGGUGAAGCUCUGACAACGGCCACACAAACUUUGAGAUCAUCUUAUCUAGUUAGAGGAAGUUUUUCAGUUUCUAUAGCGACCUCUACAGGCGAAGCUCUGACAAAGGCCACAGAAACCUUUGUCAAAGCCUCAACUCCUGGUAAAACUGCUGUUAUUGAAACACCAAAACCAAAAACAUGGCUCAUCAUGGCACUGGCGGCCACCGGCGGGGGGGUUUUCCUGUCUGGACUCAUGGGCGUCUGUCUGUUCUGCAUCAGUGUGAGACUGAGGAGGAAGAGUCUUAUGAUCGCUUCUGUAGCAGCCAUUUCCCAGAACCCAGUGUCAGAUGACAUUGAUGACAACAAGGAACCUUCUGAAGAAAAUGAGGAUGCCGUGUACUGCACCGUCCCUGAUGAUUCUGAGUUAGACAGUCUGGCUCAGAUGCCAAAUCAUCCACUGACAAUUUAAUUCAUUUUUCAAUAUAUUAAACAAGUUAAACUUAUCGUCAUUUCAGGAGGAUCUGAUCUCUUAAUUUUUUUUAUUCUUUUCUUACUCUUUUAAAUCAUCAAGAUGUAAAGUGAUGUCAGAUAUUGUUUGUCUAUUAAUAAAAUGCAUGAACGUU